AUCGAAAUUCGGAGAAUACAAUGACAAAGGUGGAAUAGAAAUGGAUUCGGUCAAAAUUGCGCUUGCAUUUGUUUUGCUUUCUUAUACAAUGGUUGUCAAUGGGACCCCUGUGAAUAAGUGCGCAUUAAUUUUAUGCUAUUUACCAAUCGAUUGUGACAAAUCGCCACCAGCUAACGGACAAUGCUGUCCAAAAUGCAAAGAAGGCAAAGGACAGUCUUGUGACUAUGAAGUUGGUGAAGGUAGUGAUAAAAUAAAAGUAAACAUUCCGGACGCGAAGAGCAAAAAGAUAGACUGUAAUACGUGUACAUGCAGUGACGGCGUGCUUGCAUGUACCAAGAUUGCAUGUGUGGACGCUUGAAAAUAAAUCUCACCAUAGAUGCUGACCACAAACGAAAGGAUAUGAACUUCUAUUGCUAAUAUCUGUUAAAUCAAACUUUAAAAUGAAACUUUUACCUAAUUACGGUUUGUUUUAUUUACAUUUACAGUACAUAUUUUUAAUAUUUGACCAUACCCCGUCAUGUACAUUCCAGAACUGUCAUAGGCGAAAAAAGAAUAUUAAUUGGCAUAUUGAUAAUAUAAUUGUAAAAAAAGCUUAAUGAUGGAAUAAAAAUAAAAAAGAUAUAAAGUGUC